GCAAGCCGGCGAGUUGUUUAGACAUGAAAUAAUCAGAGCUCUACUACAGGAUAGGAGCUAGGGAAAUUAAGAAAUACGUCCGGGCCUCAGGGCUUCUAUGUCUGACUACAGUAGGAAAGUGGCUCCGAAUCGGCGCCGCUGCUGUAUGUGGUGGUGGUCGUGGAAUGGUGAAGGGAAAGCAGGUUUUAGGGUCCCUGGACUUCACAGCUUAAACGCGCAGCUAGCUGCUAGCUCAUGCUGUUGUCUCCGAUGCGCUAGCUAGCUGACUAGAAAACCAAUUCUAGAUUAGCUAGCUAAGUAGCUAGCUACAUAGUGUUGACCGGCUAAAAAUCUAACAUUGCGCAAGGACGCUAGGUAUCUGUCUGCAGUUUAACAAAAAAAAACACGCAUGCUAGCUAGCUAGCUAGCUAAAGAGUAAUGAACAGGUAUACGGAUAAGACGUCUUUACUUAGUCCUCCGCAGAGUUCUGAAAAUAGAGGUUCAUCUGUCGGCAACACUGACAGUGACUGGGAAUUGAGAAACGAUGUUUUCGUGUGCUGCUGUGACGAACCGAUGAGCGAUAUGAUACAUGAUGGGAUGCAUUCUGUGCAGCCAGGUCUGGACCGGCGCUUGCCACUGCUACGAACCCGUCACAGGUCAGCCCAGGAUGGCAUGGUGUUAGGCCUAGUGGAGGAGGAUUACCCCGGUUGUCACAGUCGCGGUGGUGACUCUGGUGCAACCUACAUCGAUGCUGACCUGGACUACAGCGAAAGCGACGGGAAUGUCGCUCCUUUGAUGGAGAACAGGAAAAGGAAUCGAUCUAGCAGUUCCAGACACCGUUAUGAGGUUGUCACAGAGCUGGGACCAGAGGAAGUGCGGUGGUUUUACAAGGAGGACAAGAAAACCUGGAAGCCUUUUGUCGGACACGACUCUCUAAAAAUCGAAGUCAUGUUCCGCAAAUUCUGCGAACUGAACCCUGGCAAGGCCAAACGGCAGGGUCCCACAGGCAUGGAGGCGGAGGACGAAGAAACAGGCGAUGGGUCGCAGCCAUCGACCGGGGAACCAGAGGGGGCCGGAGAGACAGGGCAAAUGACUGAAGAACCAAGUAAAGUUAAGGUGGACAGAGCAUCGGUGGUGGAGAGAACAAACUCGACUGACGAACGAGAUCUAGAUACAAUUAGCAUCAAUGUUGAUGCGGUAUGCGUCCGUGGGGGUCUGUAUGAAGUAGAUGUCAAAGAGAAGGAAUCAUAUCCGGUAUAUUGGAAUCAGCAGGACCGUAUCCCGGUGAUGAGGGGCCAGUGGUUUAUCGACGGCACGUGGCUUCCCCUGGAGGAGGACGAGAGUGACCUCAUCGAAGUGGAGCACCUGACCUGUUUCCGGGGGCAACGGAUGCAGGACACCUUCGACACGGACGUGGUGGCCAAGACGGUGGACAGCAAAGACGCCAUUCACAGCCUGAAGCUGAGCCGAAGUCACGUGGACUGGCACAGCGUGGAUGAGGUGUACCUCUACAGUGACGCCACCACCUCCAAAAUCGCCCGCACCGUCACACAAAAGCUGGGGUUCUCCAAAGCCUCCAGCAGCGGAACGCGUCUCCACCGGGGCUACGUGGAGGAGGCCUCUCUGGAGGACAAGCCCCCCCAGACCACGCACAUCGUCUUCGUGGUCCACGGCAUCGGCCAGAAGAUGGACCAGGGACGCAUCAUCAAGAACACCGGCAUGAUGAGGGACGCUGCGCGGAAGAUGGAGGAGAAGCACUUCUCCGAGCGCACGGCCGAACACGUGGAGUUCCUGCCCGUGGAGUGGAGGUCCAAGCUCGCCCUGGACGGAGACACAGUGGACUCCAUCACGCCGGACAAAGUGCGGGGUCUGAGGGACAUGCUGAACAGCAGUGCCAUGGACAUCAUGUACUACACCAGUCCUCUGUACAGGGACGAGAUCACCAAGGGCCUGACCCAGGAGCUGAACCGACUGUACUCGCUCUUCUGCUCGCGGAACCCCGAGUUCGAGGAGAACGGGGGGAAGGUGUCCAUCGUGUCGCACUCCCUGGGCUGCGUCAUCACCUUCGACAUCAUGACGGGCUGGGACCCCGUGCGCUUCUGCCUGCAGGAGCAGCAGGACCUGGAGGAGCUGGACCUGCGCUGGCUCAGCUACGAGGAGCGCCACCUGCUGGAGCAGCUGCACAUCACCAAACGGCGGUUGAGGGAACUGGAGGAUCAGCUCCAAGGGCUGGAAGCAUCCAAGGCCCUAUCCUCCCCUGCCCUGAAGUUUAAGGUGGAGAACUUCUUCUGCAUGGGUUCCCCUCUGGCCGUGUUCCUGGCCCUGCGGGGGAUCCGCCCUGGGAACAACGGGUACCAGGACCACAUCCUGCCCAAAUCCAUCUGCCAGCGCCUUUUCAACAUCUUCCACCCCACCGACCCCGUGGCCUAUAGGUUGGAACCUCUCAUCCUGAAGCACUACAACAACAUCGCGCCUCUCCAAAUACACUGGUGCAACACCACCAACCCCACCCAUUACGACGAGAUCCGGCCGACCUUCAUCAACCCGGUGAAGGAGACGGCCUCGGACACGGAGAGCAUCCCCAGCCCCAGCACCUCGCCCGUCCUGGCCCGCAGACACUACGGAGAGUCCAUCACCAACCUGGGCAAGGCCAGCAUCCUGGGUGCGGCGAGCAUUGGGAAGGGCAUCGGCGGGAUCCUGUUCUCCAGAUUCUCCCGCUCCAGCAGUCAGCCGUCCGUGGAGGGCGUGGCACCCGAGGGGGAGGAGAAGAGACCCGCAGACAGCCAGUCAUCAUACGGCCUGUCCGCCAUGUCACAGUCCACCUCCGCCAUCAUCGACACCACACUGGAGCUGGAACACCGCAUCGACUUUGAACUCCGCGAGGGCCUGGUGGAGAGCCGCUAUUGGUCGGCGGUGACGUCGCACACAGCCUAUUGGUCCUCGCACGACGUGGCGCUGUUCCUGCUGACCUUCAUGUACAAGCAGAGCGAAACGGCCGAAUCCAGCGAAGACAAUCCGGACCCCGUGUAGCACGCAGAAGCAAAAGCAUUCAAGCCACAAAUGCACGAAUAUGCACACGCGCGAACACACGCUAACACACACGCGGGGAUUUCCCCUCUCACUCUUUCAUUACAUGAACACACGCACACGCACACACGCACACGCACGCACACACACACACGCAGACAGACCUCCUGCUCGCUCUCUGGGUUCAGCCUUGCCCCGCCCACACUGGCGGGUGGCACAUUGGACUGGAGCCUCGCGUGGGCGGAGCCAGUGCCACCGCCCGGUUCCGGAACUCGCCGUGACGAGCGGCGCGUUGUGAGGAUCCGUGAAACCCGGCGCCCCCUUGUGGCCUGUUGGAAUCUGCACACUGUGGUCGAGUCCCCAAUGCCUGCCUAUGGAGACCUCUCUAAACUCCUCCCUCCCCCACUCAUCCACUGUAGCGACAUCGCUGCAUCCUGGCCUUCAUCCCAAUACCCCUGCACCCCCCCCUCCCCCUCCCCCUCACCUGACUGUGCAGGAGCUGCGUCACGCACAAACCUGCCCCCCCCGUUACCUUUAACCCUCAUUCCUCUCUGUGAUUGGUUGCCGUUCUCAAGGGCAUGGACUUGAGUCUAAACAGCGGAGUGAUUGGUUAGAAAGGACGGAGGGCUCUUUUUUGUAGACCUAACUGCAUCCCAAAGCAACAUUACUGAGCAAAUAUUCAAUGCAAAAUUAAAACACUUAAAGGGGUCAAAAGAUAAUUUAUUUUAAUAUUAAUUUAUUACCUAACAAGAUUUUUUUUCCAUUAUUCAUUGUGUAAAGGAACUAGAUUAUAACCAAUUUGCCCUUCUUAUUUUACUAUAUAAGGAAGGGACGUUACCUGCGUCACGUUCUUCUAUUUGCUAAUCAGCCCCAAACUACUGUGUGACUUUUCCUAACGCUAAAUACCUAGCUAACCUUUUACUAAAAUCAGCAAAGCCAUUGUCUUUUUAUACCAGAAAGUAACUGAUCUCUAUCUUCAUUGACUAAGUAGUCAUAAUUGAACAAGAAACCUUUAUAACCCAUUUGUAUGUCAACCAAAUGGUGCUGUAACCAACCUGUUAGUUUAGUUUUUUUUGUUAAAUGUUCCAUUUUUAGGUGAAGUCAGUCAGGUGCAGAGUCACAACAGUGUCACACCUGCCUUUGCGAUGUUUGCAUCAGGACAUGACGCGGGCAGAACUGGCGGGCUCUCUGUUCCUGACGAUGCAUGACCAUUUUACCUGUUUGUGUCAUAAAACGUCAGCACGCACAAGCGGAGUAACACCGCUCUCUAUCAGAGUCUGCUCAGCAGGGGUCUUUCUCUGAGCUGUGCUUGCAUGGAACUUAAAAAAAAAAAAAAAAAAAAAAAAAAAUCUGCAUGAAGUGUCAGUGCUUUUAUCGAGCACCAAUCACGACGCAGCUCAGAGGAAGACCUGAGAUAUUAUAGGCUGCCUGACCCCACAGGCCUCUGUGUGGCGCUGUGAUUGGAGCAAAGCUACAGAGGCCUACAGCCAGGCAGAGAACCGUUCCCUUGUUCAUACGCAUUCUAAACACAGCCAAAAGCUGGGGAACUGGAGUGUUAAGUGACACUGCUUUUAAAGGGCUCAUCGUGAAAGCAACUUGGAGAGUCGAGGGUCAAUAUGUGUUGUGGCUGAUUUGGCCUGGCAUUUUUCACACUCAUUCUUUAAUUAUUUCUAAUAUAUUGUUUGAUUCAUGAAAAAAAAAAACCUUAUGAAGGUUAUGUUUGAGAUGUGAUCUUCAGGCUCUUCUGUUUACAUGGAUGUACGGAGAAAUAAGCUUGAUUUUUGUAGCCAAUUGAUUUAUCGUAAUUUUUUAUGGACAUUGUUAUGAUUAUCCUUUGUCGAAUUAUUGCUGGCAUGGACGUAGAUCCCAAACUUUGGGAAAAUAUCAGAUGGUCCCUCCCCAAUAUUAUCAUUUUGUAUUUGGUAGUACUUUUUUUUUUUUUUGGUUGUACCCCCAAAAGUUAAAAUGAGAUCUGUGUCCUUGCUAGCCAGUGGCCAAAUAUUUCAGAUAUCUAAGUUUGGGGAAGACGGGAGGAAUACGUAUUUGAACAUUAUGACUCUUAGUAGGAGAUGCCAGUCGAUCUCCAGCGUUAGUGUGUUUGUGAAGACUUGAGAUCCGAUGCACUGAUUUCUUCAUCUACUUAAACGUAACGAAAGAAGCAAGACACAAGUUUCUUAGAAUCACACAUUGCCAUUUAAAAAAACAUUUUACUUUUGUGAAUAUGAUCUGAAUGUAAUAGAAAUUACUUCAAGAAGGAGGUUUUGAGGAACAAUGCAAAUUUUUAUAAUGUGAGGUUGCGUUUGUUUUUUGUUUUUUCCCCAUUACUGUUUGUGUCCUCUAGAUGUCAGUAUGUUCACUUUGUACAUUUGCGGUUAGCACUAGAACAAGACUGAAGGGAACACGGGCCCAUGCUCAAGGGCCAAUGUCAUGCUGACAUUGUAACUGACUGAUGAUGACGGUCGCAUGAUAGUCAAUUAAGUUAAAAGUGGAUUUACUGAUACCUACUACAUUCACUUAGACCGCCUGCUAAUUCAUAAUUUAUAUGUUCACCGUCUGGAACAUGUGUAAUGGACCUGGCCACUCUUACGGACAUAAUUAUGUCCCUGUAGAGAUGCCUCACCCUUAAUGUAGCGGGCAACUUCGUUAUAAACUCUGGAGGGAUCAAAGACACUGAGGGGAGAAAAAAAAAAAAAAAAAAGACAGUUAAAGUUAUAUGAGAUGCUAAAUGGCUAACAAUGCUAAACUGCAUCUGGCAACGACUGCAAAGAUGUUGUGCUGCUGCCAUGUAAACAGUAGCCAGGAGGAAUGCAAAUUUGCAAAGCAGCUUGUGAGAUCUUAGCGGAAAUCCUGUAUUUGGCAAACUUAAAACAAACAAAAAAAAAAAAAAAAAAAAAAUGAGCUCUCAGAAAACUAGUUUUGAAACUUGCAGUGUGGAAGCUUCACAGCAGUGAUAUGUGAAGGUGCCCACUGGCUAACAUGUCGCUGAUUUGUGAGCGGAGGCUCGGAGUAGAAAGUAAAGACCUUUAAGAGCACAGAGGAGAUGGUCGGCAGCCUGAUUCCUGCAGCUGUGUUUGGCAUUACCUUCGGCACAUGUACCUGUCCUCAGCGCAGACAAGCACACAGCUUAAAAUGCUCACUACUGGUCUGCUAAAGCACAUUUAACAACAGCCAAAUGUGCUUAUUGAAAAUGUAAUUCACCAUAAGGGACAGGACGGUAUUUCUGUUACAAAAGUAUUUCUAUAUCUGAGAAUUCCCUCAUUGUCUUUGCGAUCCAUCGAUCCAUGAGACUUGCGGAAACGGUUGAAAGGUUGCGUCUCUUGCGGUUUCCCUGCAUUGGGACGGUGAGACUCGGUGUGUCGCACUUUGAAAUCCUGAUUGUGUUCUGUGAUCUCAGACUUUCAGAAUGUGUGCUCGGAAUGAAAGAACCCAUCCAAUAAUGUCUCCAUUGUAUCCGCUUCUGGGCUGAACGAAGAGUCUCAAAAUGACUGUUACUUUUGACAUUGAAACGAUAAGCUGACAAGCUUUUGACUCUGGAAAGCUGUGCAAUAACUCAUGCCUGUCACGGAUUCAAACUGCCAUCCGACACUGUAUUUAUUUCCUUUUAUUAAAACAAAACCUUUCCUUUCUUAACGCAAUGGUCGUACUCUACAUUUAUUUUUGUCCUGUUGUUCUAAAAGGAUCAUAUUUUUCCUCUCGGUGAAAUGUCCUCCCUCUGCAGAAAAGUCAUAACAAGGUUGUUUCUGGAAGGAUUGAUUAAAAUCUGCAGGAUGGGUUUUUAUAAGGUGAGGUGCUGUCUGAGCAGGUGAAAUCACUGCUUGUGGCCACUAGGUGGCAGACAUGGUUAUAUGACAUCGGCUCAUGCCAUCGCAGUCCUGCUUAUGAACUUUCUCAGCAUGCCCCCUAUCCAAAACUUUUGCAGAUCCCAAUAUCCAGCAUCCAAGUGUCUAAUACAAUUACAGUUUGAUUCAUUGUUAAUCACUUUAACAGAAGUUAAGCAGGACUUUGCUGUCACUCUUCUGUGCUUUAGUCACAUUGUUUUGUUUUUUGCAGUCAAUUUGUUCCUGGUUUUGGAUUUUGGGUAAAUUCUUUCUCAUUAAAUUAACCCAUGUCCAAAACAAUUCAGAGACUGAAUACAUUGCACUACUGUAUGUAGAAUGCUGUUGCAUUCUUUAUAAGUGCCAUAAAAAAAAUCCUCAUGUAAGUUUAUUUUCUUUAUUUUUUUUCUUUUUAGGUUUUCAACUGGAAAUGUCUAGUUUGUUUAUUUUGAUUGUAGACUGCAUUUCAUUUUGUUUGGUUUUGAUUCUUCUGUGUACCCAGUCUCACUUGUGUGUGGGAAGAAGGAAACACAUUUUAUACAAGGAAUCUGCUUCAUAUGAAAAAGUAAAGGAGCAUCGUCCCUGUCCAGAUUCCAAAAAUAUUUGUAGAAGCAUUUUUAGAAAUGUUUUUUUUUUCCUCUGAUAUUAAGCAAUACUUGGAUUUACCGCCAACCUGCGCAAAUUUAUUUUACAUUAUUUUACUAAUAGAAGAUGGAUUAAAUUGCCAUAUCUUUACUUACGUUUUAUUGUCUUGUCUUCAUUUCCUUGCAUUUUGUCACAUCAGAUGUUACACAUAUACAUUGUCAGUUUUUUGUGACUAAAUUCAUGUUUGUUUGUUUUUAACCCCAGUAAUAUGUUGUGUCCAGAUAUCGCUGUGUUGCUUUACUUUUUACAAAUGAUUUGUUAAUCAUGGUAUGUGUCAUGAGUUUUUCCCCUUCUCUGUUUUUCUGAUCAUACUGAUCAUCCCCAGAUCAACUGCUGUUUCUUACUCCUAAAAUGGCAGUUAUUUGCUGCGUUCGCCAUUUCAUAAGCUUCAUGUGUUACUGUAGAAAUGUUGAUGAAAAAAUAAAUUUUAAUGUGCAACGA